AUGCUUAGUGUACUAUCUCUCUUAGCAUGCAUGUCGAAGUCCGAAGACUUCAACAACAUUAGGAUGUACCAAGUUAUGGUAUCAUCUUUCCAGGAUGGAGAUAGCUCUCUUGGAUAUGGAACUGGAUACGGACCAUCAUCACACAAAGGAGAUCUCCGCGGUAUUAUUAAUGCUCUUCCAUACAUCAAGGGACUCAAUGUAAACGCUCUAUGGCUUACACCAAUUUUCGACUCAACGAACGGACAAGGAGGAAGCCUCCUUCAAUCGACGGGAUACUUCGCGACAAACUACUUCAAGAUAGAUCCAAAAUUUGGUGAUGAAGCAACUUUCAAAGAACUUGUUGACACAGCUCACAAUCUCGGUCUUUACGUAAUCCUUGAUGGUGUCUUCGGUCAUCACGGCGGAGUCAGUAGCGCAUCACCAAAUGGAUUAUGGCCACAAGGAGGAUCGAACCCAGUCUCAUACCCAGGAUCUUUAGACUACUACAAAGAAGUUGCAACAUACUGGAUCGAAAAGUAUGGAAUCGAUGGAUGGAGACUCGAUCAGUGCUACCAGCUCUACCAGAAUGGACAUAACUACAUGUGCGAGAUCAGACAGGCAGUCGAAACACUGUGCGCAACUAGAAAGAACAACGGCGAGAAGUGGGGCAUCCUCGGAUACAUCGUCGGCGAGCACUGGUCUGGUGCAGAAGAUAUCAAUACGAGAACUUAUGGACAGAACGGACUUAGAUCUGCAUUUGACUUCCCAUCAAGAUACAACCUCGUUCAGACACUCGCCAUGGAAGAAUCUGGCGCAGGCGGCUACGGAGUAGAGAACUUAGGAAACGUGUUCAGAACUCCAUCAGAGAAAGGAUACAGUGGCGAUGUCUAUCCGAAUAUGUUCAUCACAAACCAUGACGUAUGGCGCUUCGGAAACCUCAUCCGCAGCAAAUACGGAUAUGCACGCGAGAAUGAUGCUUACUGGAACAGGUACAAGAUCGCUCUCGGCGUCCUCUCAGCUUACUCAGGACCAAUCACAAUAUACUACGGUGACGAGUACGGCGACAUCGCAGAAUGCUGGUAUGGCUCUGGAAACUCAUGCGGAGGAAACACAUACAGCGACAACUGCGCAAGGACAGACGGAAAGAUCAGCGGCUUCAGCACUAAGGAGCAAGACCUUCACGACUUCACUGCAAAGAUCAUGCAGAUCAGGAGCGAGAACCCAUCAUUGUGGAGAGGAACGAACGGAAAGACAUACAGCAACGGUAUCAUCUUCAACUGCAAAUACGACUCACAGACAGGAAACAAAGUCGUUUUCGCUGCAAACCUCGCACAAAACACUGUCACAGCUUCUUACACAGUCGGGGAAACGAAACUCACUGACUUGAUCAGUGGGAAGACAUACACAUCCUCAAACGGAACAUACAACAUUGAGAUGAGCGCUCUUGGUGUUGCUCUUUUCAAGGUUGAAUGA